UGAAAGUUUCGACAUUUCCAUCAGAAAUUUGUAAUAGAAAAAUUCGAAAUUUUCAAUGAUGAAUUUCCUGAAAACGGAGAUAUUACAGAUGCUGCAAAGGUUUCAAAGGCCAUUCAGACGUAGACCCAAGGACGUAUCGAAAUCUUACUACAAAUGCGGAGGACUCAAGCCAAAGCCAGAACAGAAUCCAAUGUCCCUGGUCCUUAUACUGGUGAACGUCGUACCCGGAAUACUGCUGGGCACUUAUGCGGGCAAGAAGUUGGCAUAUUAUCUGGAAGUCUGUGAGCUCUUUAUGCCCGAUCUACUGGACGAGGAUGACUAGAAGAGGGACCAGAGACGGAGGCACAGAUUGAACAACGAGAAUUUGGAGCAGGGCCUCCGCCUCAGCCUCAGUGCCCCAUAUCCUGUUCGUACAAGAAUAUAUGCUAAUGUGCCACAUCCAUGAAACUGGCCAAACAGGAUGCUGGCUGAGCAGACCAGACCAGACCGGGCGUUGGCUCUUAGCAAAUUAGCGCAGUAUGCUAUUCAAUUAGUUCUAAAAAA